AUGAUGUCCUACCUCAAACAGCCCCCUUAUGGGGUCAACGGCCUGGGGCUGAGCGGAGCCGCCAUGGACCUGCUACACCCCUCGGUGGGCUACCCAGCGACUCCCAGGAAGCAGCGGCGGGAGCGGACCACCUUCACCCGCUCGCAGCUCGACGUCCUCGAGGCUCUGUUCGCAAAAACCCGGUACCCUGACAUCUUCAUGCGCGAGGAGGUGGCGCUGAAAAUCAACCUGCCCGAGUCCCGAGUUCAGGUGUGGUUCAAAAACAGGAGGGCAAAGUGUCGCCAGCAGCAGCAGAGCGGCAGCAGUGCCAAGGCCAGGCCGCCCAAGAAGAAGUCCUCUCCGGCCCGGGAGAGCACCGGAUCUGAGAGCAGCGGCCAAUUCACACCUCCUGCUGUCUCUAGCACAGGCUCUUCCUCCUCUUCAUCCUCGUCCACCAAUCAUACAGGCCCCGCAACUCUUAGCAGCACCUCCACCUCUAUCAGCACUGUGUCCUCCAUCUGGAGCCCCGCUAUCUCCCCUGGAAACGCCCCUGCUCCCGCUGUGGCCCCGCUCCCCGAGCCAGGACCCCCGUCUAACCCUUCCUGCAUGCAGCGUUCAAUGUCAGGCUCUGCUGCUGCCGCCACUUCCUACCCCAUGUCCUACAACCAGACGCCAGGCUACGGCCAGGGCUACCCCACCCCUUCCAGCUCCUACUUCAGUGGCGUGGACUGCGGUUCCUACCUGGCGCCCAUGCACUCCCACCACCACCCCCACCAGCUGAGCCCCAUGGCGGCCUCGUCUAUGUCAGGCCACCCGCACCACCACAUCAGCCAGUCAUCAGGGCACCACCACCAUCACCACCAUCACCAGGCGUAUGCUGGCUCCAGCCUGGCCUUCAACUCGUCCGACUGCCUGGAUUACAAAGAGCAGACUGCAGCCUCCUCGUGGAAGCUCAACUUUAACACCACAGACUGCUUGGACUACAAAGACCAGGCCUCUUGGAGGUUCCAAGUCUUGUGAUCGCUCUUUUUUUCCCACCCCUCCUCUCU